CGUGCGGAGUUCAACGAUCGAUCACUGCCAUACACGUGUGCGGUGGUUGACAUGGACAUUCCUCUCCUCAACGGCGCUGGGGUGGCGUCAGCGCUGGUGGCAGAGGACGGCGACUACGUGGCCGUGAAGGGGUUCAAGGAGGCGAGGAAGGUGUUCUGGAUAGAAACUGUGAGAAUAUGGAAGAUAGCAUUUCCCAUAAUUUUCAACAUAUUAUGUCAAUAUGGUGUGAACUCGAUCACGAGCAUCUUCGUUGGCCAUCUCGGCGAUAUUGAGCUCUCUGCCGUCUCUCUCAUUAACUCUGUUAUUGGCACUUUCGCUUUUGGCUUCAUGCUUGGCAUGGGGAGCGCAACUGAGACACUCUGCGGUCAAGCUUUUGGAGCUGGGCAGCUUAAUUUGCUUGGUGUUUAUAUGCAACGCUCGUGGGUAAUUUUAUUUGUGAGCAGUGUUUUGCUCUUGCCAAUAUACAUUUUUGCUGCUCCAAUUUUAAAGCUUCUUGGCCAACAGAAUGAUAUAGCUGAUCUUGCUGGAAGUUUCUCUCUUUUAGUAAUUCCUCAAUUUCUUUCACUUUGCCUUAAUUUCCCAACCCAAAAGUUCCUUCAAGCUCAAAGUAAGGUUAUCGUCAUUGCCUGGAUUGGGUUCGUGGCUCUAAUUGUUCACAUUGGAUUGCUCUGGCUCUUGAUUUAUGUAUUAGAUUUGGGCUUAACUGGUGCAGCAUUGGCAUUUGAUAUCACUAGUUGGGGAAUUACAGUGGCUCAACUUGUUUAUGUUGUGGGUUGGUGUAAGGAUGGAUGGAAUGGAUUAACAUGGUUGGCUUUUAAGGAUAUAUGGGCCUUUGUCAGGCUCUCCCUUGCAUCAGCUGUAAUGCUUUGCCUUGAAAUAUGGUAUAUGAUGAGCCUCAUACUUCUUGCUGGCCACCUUGAUAAUGCAGUGAUAGCCGUUGAUUCCAUCUCUAUAUGCAUGAAUUACAAUGGAUGGGAAGGCAUGAUCUUUAUUGGAGUGAAUGCAGCUAUCAGUGUGAGAGUUUCCAAUGAACUUGGACUUCGACAUCCGAGAGCUGCCAAAUACUCUGUCUAUGUGACAGUGUUUCAGUCUCUACUUAUCGGAAUAUUUUUCAUGGCUGUUAUUUUGGUAACUAAAGACUAUUAUGCCAUCAUUUUUACAAGCAGUAAGCCUUUGCAAGGAGCGGUUGCGAAACUAGGCUACCUCCUUGCCGUGACAAUGGUUCUAAAUAGCGUUCAACCUGUGAUUUCAGGUGUUGCUAUUGGAGGUGGAUGGCAAACACUGGUGGCUUACAUCAAUGUUGGUUGUUAUUACUUGUUUGGUAUUCCACUGGGGUACCUUCUUGGUUAUGCUGCAAAUUUGGGGGUUCGGGGACUUUGGGGAGGUAUGAUAUGUGGAAUAACUCUCCAGACCUUGGUGCUCUUGUUCAUCCUUUACAAAACCAAUUGGAAUAAAGAGGUGGAACAAACAACUGAACGCAUGCGGAAAUGGGGUGGGCAAGACAUCAAAGUUGAUGAGAUAGUGUCUUCUCCAUAAGCUUGCAUAUCCAUUCUAGUCGAAUUCUGAGUCUUUUGAUUUUCUUAACUGUUUUUUGUAAAAUUAGGGCCAGCGGUCUCAAUUCAUAAUACUAAUAUGUUCUUUGUAAAGAAAGGGCCAGCGUUUAAUUAUUCAAAAAGGUGAAGAGAGAAAGAAAAACCGCAUUCCUAUUUUUACAAUUUUUUCUUUCAUUUUUUAAUUAUUCAAAAUCUCAAUGAAAAUUGAAAAACAUCAAUAUUUUAUUUGA